AAUUGUAUCUUGACAGGAUGUGCUUUUGCCCUACACUUGGUCUCAAAAUUGGACUUUUGCUUAUAAUACCUAUAACGGCAGGAAUUAAUGGUGCUCAAAUAGCCAAAGAUGUUUCUAUGUGGAAUUUAUUACAGGGAUACCAUUAUAUUAUGCUUAUUAUAAGCCUAUCCCUUUCCGUAGUUAUACUGGCGACUCUAGUUCUUUUAAUCUAUGCGGCGAUCUGUAAUAAAAUUCGAAUUCUAAAAGUGAUGAUCUUUGUUUAUGUAGCAAUCGUCGUGGUGAAACUGAUAAUUCUGUUCGCGUGCAUAAGUACUGAAUUGAAUCCUGACAAGACGGCAGCUCAUCCCAUAUUUAUGGUAUGCUGGCUCCUUACGUUCUUAUGUAUGGCCGCUAUAAUACUAUACUGGCUUCGGCUACAUGACCUUGCCAACGAAGACUAUUAGACUGGAAUUAUUUCAUUGAAA